CCUAUUCUGACCCGGAUGAAGGAGGAUCAUACCCGCAUCAUCCUGCCCGCCAUAGACAACAUCAAGUACAACACAUUUGAGGUGCAGCAGUACGCCAACGCCGCCCAUGGAUACAACUGGGGGCUGUGGUGUAUGUACAUCAUCCCUCCGCAGGAGUGGCUGGACAAGGGCGAUGAGACGGCCCCUAUCAGAACUCCAGCUAUGAUUGGCUGCUCCUUUGUGGUUGAUCGGGAAUACUUUGGUGACAUUGGUCUGCUGGAUCCUGGCAUGGAGGUCUAUGGAGGCGAGAACAUCGAGCUCGGCAUGCGGGUGUGGCAGUGUGGAGGGAGUAUGGAAGUCCUGCCAUGUGCCAGAGUGGCUCACAUCGAGCGCACAAAGAAGCCCUACAACAAUGACAUAGAUUACUACGCUAAGCGCAAUGCCCUGCGAGCCGCUGAGGUGUGGAUGGAUGAAUACAAAUCCCACGUCUACAUGGCCUGGAACAUUCCCAUGAACAACCCGGGGGUUGAUUUCGGGGAUGUCUCGGAGCGCUUGGCCUUAAGGAAGAGGCUGCAAUGUCGGAGUUUCCACUGGUACCUUGAGCACGUCUACCCAGAGAUGCGGAUCUACAACAACACCAUCACAUACGGCGAGGUGAGGAACAGCAAAGCUAGCGGCUACUGCCUGGACCAGGGCUCUGAGGACGACGAUAAAGCCAUCCUCUACCCUUGCCACGGCAUGUCCUCCCAGCUCGCCCGCUACUCCACCGAGGGUCUUCUCCAGCUAGGACCCCUGGGGUCGACCACCUUCCUGCCUGACACAAAAUGCCUCGUUGAUGAUGGCAGAGGACGUACGCCCAGACUGAAAAAAUGUGAUGCUGUUUCAAGGAUUUCCCAGAGGCUUUGGGACUUUACACAGAAUGGUCCAAUCAUCAGCAGGGACACUGGCCGAUGCUUGGAGGUAGAAAUGUCCAAAGAUGCCAACUUUGGCCUUCGCCUGGUGGUCCAGAGAUGCUCUGGUCAGAAGUGGAUGAUACGAAACUGGAUUAAGCAUCCCAGGCACUGAAGCCAGAGAACAACCUCUGAGACAGUUUGGGCAGUGUUUCAAGUAGCGGUUGGAUCUCAAACUGUGGACAGUUCAGAGAGGAGCAGGGACUGAUGGUGCUAGUGUGUGGUAUUUCACACUACAGACUGCACUGCACACUGAGCUUCCCUCAGGCCACAGAGCUUUCCAACACGGAGUCUUAAAGAAGAAUAUGAUCAAUUCAUGUGUUCCACUGCGUGUUCACAGAGACCUUACGGCAAGCCGGACAGCUUGAAAUGGCCCAUAUUUUUGACAUUCAGCUACAUGUAUAGAACAAAGUAACAAGACACCUGAGUGCAGCCUCAGAAGGUGGUUCAGAUUCAUAGUAAUUCUUUUGUUUCUACUGUAAAACUAUCACAUCUUUGGAGAUGAAAAAGAGCAUUUUUUUCUGAGUGCAUCUGAGCAAAUCAAAAGAUAUGUUUGCUGUCAGUUGCCAUAUCAAAGUGAUUAUUUUGGGCUGUGAUUUGGAAAAUUGUUUUGGACAUAUUGUGCUACCCGGUAAGACGUGUGAUAGGCUUCAAAGGGGCUGGUCACCAAAUCCAUCAUGUGAUCAGGAGGCAUUUCACCUGCACUCACAAAACUCUACAGUUCUUUGUUUCUUUGGACGGUAUUGCUCACUGUGGACAGGAGCAAUCAUGUGCCUUUUUUUCUCAUUUUUCUGCUUAAUCUGACCAGGGAAUGUCAGUCCCAGAAGCAUGUACAAAAUUAUUUGAAAAUUAUAAUAUAUUAAACAAUG